AUGUAUAAACAGGUCUUCGGUGUAAGUAUGGGUAGUAAAUUGUCUCCACUGUUAGCCGAAAUUUUCAUGUCCAAUUUCGAGGUUGAAGCUGAAGGAAAUAAACUCUUCCCUCGGAUAUGGAAACGGUACGUGGAUGACAUCUUUGCUUUGGUGAAGGAACGCACGCUAACACAAACUCUCGACUUUCUUAACUCACGGCACACCACAAUCAAGUUCACGGUUGAAAAAGAAGUCGAAGGAAAACUUCCUUUCCUUGAUUUACUUAUUACACGGAAGGAUAACAAUAAGCUAAAAUUUGGAAUCUAUCGAAAGCCAACUUCAACAGAUCGUUACAUCACAGCUGACUCGAACCAUUUCGGUGGUCAAAAACAGGCCGCUUUCCAUUCCAUGGCCGAUCGCAUCUUCAACAUACCGAUGGAAGAACAAGAGUUUUUAGCAGAAAAAGAAACAAUAUAUAAAGCAGCCGAAUUGAACGGGUACGACAAACAGUUCGUCGACAAAAUCCUCCGUAAGCACGAAAGAAAGAAACACAGACGAGACGCCACCACUUUAAUACCGGAAAAUGAGGAGAUUCGAAGAGUCGGCCUCCCGUUUUACCCUACCAUCACGAAUCCACUGAAGCAUACCCUCCGCAGAUAUGGAAUAAAUAUUGCACAUAAAAGCGUUAACACUUUACGUGAACUUCUGGUUAACCUGAAGGACAAAGUUCCACAAGACGAACAAGCUGGAAUUGAUAAAAUACCGUGCAAAGACUGUGACGCGGUAUAUAUCGGGCAAACACGAAGAAAAGUUAAAGUGCGGCUUAAAGAGCAUAGAAGAGCAGUAGAAAUGAACAAAACGAGUGAAUCCAGUGUAGCAACACAUACAGUGAGUAACCAACACGAGAUCGAUUGGGAUAAGGCGGGUCUGAUCAAAAGCAUCAAUAAAAUUGGUCUCCUCAAUGCUUGGGAGUCAAUGUACAUUGCGACGGCCAAACAACCAUUGAUGAACGACGACGAUGCACCGAUCAACUUAAUUCUCUUCAACUUGACAACGGGUAGAAAGUAA